UCGGGAAGGAACGCACACCGAUGGCGGAAUACGCUCGCUCUGUCGAAUAUUUAUCUGUACGACCGUGUUAAGACGUGAUCGCAAUGUGCGGACGAGCGGGUUCAGGCUGAACCGGGUGACCGUGGACGUUGAAAGUUUGAGGUUCGUACUAAAAGCGACCAAAGCUCAACGCGCCCCGCAGGCCGAUUAAAGCCUCCCUGUCCCCGCGCCUAAAGCCCUCGCGUGGCUCACGAGCUGUGGGCGCUGGGCCAGGCCGCGCAGCGCCAGACCGGUGAGUUCCCACACAAAAUAUCGCUUGGUAGCACGGCGGGCACUCAAAGCCAACUAACCAUGUCUGUACAAAGUGUUGCUCUGGCAUCUCUCACGGCCACCUAUACCGACUCGGAGGGCGAGGACGGGGUGGAAGACGAGCGCCUACAGGAGGAGAAUUCGAACACUCCCCAGAGGGCCGCCCCGCAUAAUGCCCAAGUCGGUCGUCAGCCCCAGGCCCGAUCUGGCACCAGUCCCAUAUCUGGAGGCCGUUCAGCCUCGCAUAGUCCCGUUGACGGCAAGUCCUCCGGUAGUAGGGACUUGCCGGAAGCGGCUACAAAGGUGCAGCGAUUGGUCUCUUACUUUGACGAUGCGGUAGUCUCCGACGAUGAGGGGGCGGCCGUAACUGCGCCGCCGCUGCCGCCGCCGCCGCCGCCGUCGUCGUUGCCAACGGUGUCGUCGUCGUCGUUGUCGUCAUCGUUGAUGACGACGGGCGCGGCACGCGUCGCGACGGUCGCGGAACGCCCCGAGGAGAACGGUCUCCCGGUCGCGGUCGCUACUGGCACGGUCGUUGCCACCACCGUCGCCGCCGCUGCCGCUGCUGCCGCCGUCGCCGUCGCCGUCAGCGGUGGCGCUGAGCGUCGGUCGCCCUCCUCGCGUUCCGGAGACGUGCUUUCAGAUAAUGGCGGUGAGGCGGGGGACCCUUACGGGGUGACGAUACCACCGGAACCGCCUGGCCAAUGUCCCGCCGAGCUGCAGGACAAGAUCGCGAGGCUCUAUAGGAAAAUGGAGAGCGGUGGGCUGGACAUGAACAUGAUGAUUCAGCAACGCAAGGAGUUCCGGAAUCCCUCCAUUUACGAAAAACUCAUUCAGUUUUGUAGCAUUAACGAGCUGGGCACCAACUACCCGCCGGACAGGUUCGACCCGUUCAAGUGGAGCAAGGACUCGUAUUACGAGGAACUUGCCGUAGUACAGAAGACGGAGAUGGACAAGCUGGAGAAGGCGCGGAAAGAGAAGAAGAUCGAAAUCGAGAUUGUAUCCGGCACCGCGAAGCGACCCAACAGCUCCUCCAGCAGCGCCGACAAUGCCAAAAAACGGAAAAGUAAGUGGGACCAAGUGGCGACCAGCGGUGCCGCUGCCGCCGCCGCUGUCGCGGCUGCCGCUGCCGCUGCUGUGACCGCCAAACCCACGGUACUUCUCACACAACCUACCCUGACAACUCUCACGUCGUCCGGUACUAGCGCCAAACCCACCGUUUUAUCGGCCUUCGGCUCGCUGCCGAAGAAGAGAUUGUAACAUAUCGCGUGAAUGUGUAUGCUGUGUAAAUAAUGUCCAUCCCCUUUAGAGACAGUCAUGAAGCUGCAAAAAGGAAGGCGCAGUCUUGUGCGUCUAGAGCGUCUUAGGUCCUUGGAUGCGUAUAUUGAAAUUUUUUUCAAAACGGCGUUUCGUAUUACGAAAGAACUAUGGGUUUCGGCUUUUUCAGGAAUGCAAAAGUCCACAGUUCUGUAAGUUCAAAGAUUCAGCUGAUCUAAAAAUCCAAGGAUUUAAGAAUCCAAGAAUUUAGCCAUCUGCAAAAUAGACAAACUGUAAAUAAUAUUACGUACAAAUACCAUUGUCUGGAUGUGAAACGCGCAUGAGGAAGAAAAAUAUUCUGGAGAUCUACAUUCUCGAAUUUUUAGAUUUUUGUAUUUUUAAAUCCUUGUAAGAGAUCCAUCCAGCCCGUAGGUCUUAAGUUUUUUCUAUCCAAAUCCUUGACUUUUAAGAGGCGUACGUUCAAUUUCAUAAAAGAGUACUUGUAAAGAUAAGAUUAUCGGAUCCGAAAAGUCAAGAGAGAAAUGCCAACACUAAAUGAUUAAAAGAGCCGACACGCGCAAAUCCAAUAAUCUGAAAAUUCAAGGAUCUAAAAACUUUGUUUUUUAAGAAUAAAAGACUCCAACAAUCAUAGUUUAAAACAUGGAUAUAUAUUGUAAAUAAUAUUAUUUAAAAAUUAAUCUUUACAAGAGAUACGAAUAUACAGCAGAAACAGAUUGGAACUUUGUGAACUUGGAUCCUUGAAUUGUCAAUAUUUUAUUUUUUUUUUUAUAGAUUCCUUUUAAUAUUCAGGAUAUUUAUAGAACACGUAGAACAUAUUAAAGAGGUCAACAUUUUUAAAAAUUUAAGAAUGGAGAUUUUACGUGAUUCAAAGGCUCAAAAAUUAAAGGAUUUAGAAGGCUAGCGAUCUAUGGAUGUAAGCUUAACUAAAAAUUUAUGGAUUUGCAAAUUCAAAAAUCUAGAUACAACUUAAAGGGUAAGACGUAUUGUAAAUACACUUAGAUAUUGUAAUGGAAUAUUGAAUGAUAGGACUUUGAAAUUCUAGGAAUCGAAAUAUGCAGUGCGUGUAAAACGAACAAUGGUUAAAUAGAAUAUAAUUUAAGGACUUGGGCUGUUGAAGAAUUUAAAGCGAUACUCUGAAAAAUUGAAAGUUCUAAGGUGUGUGCAUGUAUGUCUGCGCGCGCGCGCGCGCGUGUGUGUAUACGUGGAAAUUCUCAAAUUAAAAUUUUUGAAUAUCCUAUUUUUAAAUUAUAUUUUACUUAGCCGUUAUAUUUUUAAAUUUUAACAUUGAUAUUCUUCAGUUCGUAUAUAUGAACUUGAGAAUUCAAGGAUUUAAAAAUUUAUUGAAUUAAAAAUUCGAAAUAUCCAAAAACUUAAAAAGACCAAGAAUUUAAAAACGAAGUAAGAAUUCAGAAAAAUAGAAAUUAUUGACUUGGAAACUUGUGUGUUGAUAAUUCAUAUAUACGUAAGAAAAAUAUGAGGAGAGAGAGAGAGAGAGAGAGAGAGAGAGAGAGAGAGAGAGAGAGAUAAUCUAUGCAGAUGAAAUAUUUUCUCGUCUAAAUGUCCAAAGAAGCUGCUGCCGUUUGCUGAAUCUCGAUGAUAACAGAUUAAUAUAUAAUCACUCUAUUUUUACUCCUUUUUCUACAUUUUUAAAUAUAAGUUGUAAUAGCGUAGGAAAAUUUAGUUUGAAAAAUUUUUGAGAUUUAAAGUUAAAUCGCAAAUUUUAAUUUUAAUUUCUGUCUAUGGAUUCUUGCUUCGUAGAAUUUUUAAAUUCUUGACUGAGAACUUACAAUUGUGAAAUUGAUGUCUGUUUUUAUCAUAUAUACAUAUAUAUGAUUACAGACAACGUGCAAACUGGCGUCGAUCAACCUCUCGAUUAAGAUCUACAUAUUACGUAAGAAAAGAUAUUGAAAGAAAAUGAAACGUAUUACUUUUUUUUAGGAAGAAAGAAGAUUGAUGAGAGAAGAAGGUAAUUUUCAUCAAUUUAUCUGUCUGGAAAAAAAAAUUUAAUUGUUAUUUUUUUAUUUAAAUAUCGAAAGAAAGGUGUCGAAAGAAAAUCAUAUUAUUUAGUUAUUAAGCAUCAUAUUAGGUUGAUAAAAAAAUUCGUUUCUUUUCUACACGACUCUUAAGACUAUGGAAACAAAUACAAAAAGAAGACGAACGAUUUUUUUCAUCAAUGUGAUAUGUAUUGUUAUUAUACGUGUAAAUGAUGAUGAGUGUCAGGCAGCGCGUACAAAUGCGUACGAUUGUUUUAUCGAGGCAAGAUAGACGCGUCAGUAAUUAAAUAUUAAGUCUCAGCGUGCGAUGAGACAUAGAGGAUUUAUGUAACGUUAACGCAAAAACAAUCACAAAAAAAAUCGAUGUAAAACGCGCUGCAAGUUAGCGAGGAUUCAGUUUUUUAUAUGAGAAAAAUAAUGAAAUUCUUCCACAAAGGACUUUGUAUAUACACGCUCAUGUGUCAAUAGAGUAUGGAAUAUACAAUAUAUAAAUUAUACAUUGUGUA